AUGCGCGCACCCCGCUGCAGAAGCUUGACGCGAGCUCCCUCGCACUUCUUGUGCCCGCCGGGCCAGAGAAGAGCUGCCCAUGCCGCCGCCGCGGUUGCACACGCACCCGCAUGGCGUCCGUCAUCGGCCCUGGACGAAUGGGUCCAGCGCGAGGCGAGGCCCAUCAGCCUGCGCCGUCUGACCUUCUUCGGCCGCACCCUCACCCAGUCCCGUCUGCUCGACGGCGCCAACUACUGCCGCUUGGAGCUGCCCACGCGGAUAGCCCACCGUCUUCGCGACAUCCAGACGCUGCCCUAUGUUGUCGUUGCAAACCCCCAUCUCGCCCACGUCUACGAACUGUACCUCACUGCCUUCGAGCGCUUUCGCCGCGUCCCAGAGAUUCGGUCCCUCGAUGAUAAUGAGCGGUAUUGCAAGAUAUUGCAGGAGACGUUGACGGAGCAUGCGACCGUCAUUCCCAGGCUGGCCCUCGGUGUGCUGGAAGUGCGUGGCCUGAUGCGGCCCGAGGAGACGGACAAGUUCAUGAACACCAUGCUGCGAUCGCGCAUCUCUCGCCGUGUCAUUGCGGAGCAGCAUCUGGCGCUCACAGACACCUUCAAUUCCCCAUGGCAUUUCCCGCACAACCAGCCUGAGCACGACCCCCACGUUGAUACCGUGGGCGAAAUCUUCCUCAAGUGCAACGCCAAGGAGAUUGUCGAGCGUUGCGGAAAGACGACGCAGGAGCUCAUCAAGGCUGCCCACGGCUCUCACGUGCAGCUCCCAGACAUCCAUAUCGAAGGCCAUCUUGAUGCCACCUUCCCUUAUAUCCAAAGCCACCUGGAGUAUAUCAUCGGCGAGCUUAUCCGAAACUCAAUACAGGCUGUCAUCGAGAAAAAAAAGUACCACGGUGCCAAGCCUCCACCAAUCGAGGUGCUCAUCUGCGAGACUUCGCAGCAUGUAAUCAUUAGGAUCUCCGAUCAGGGCGGUGGCAUCUCCAAUGAGAUUCUGCCUCACCUAUGGAGCUUCAGCAAAGGUCCUCGACACCAAAAACGACUGCAGAAUCUGGCACGUGUACCUAAAUUACUAGGUACCCUGCAAGAGUUGAAGAUGCCUGGGACCCAAGCCUCGAAAGAUCAUGACAAGCAUGACGGUGGCUCUUCGCUGUCAAGCCUGACCAGCCGCCCACCAGAUCUUCGCCUCGGCAUAGGACUUCCCAUGUCAAGGGUGUACGCGGAGUAUUGGGCUGGGAGUCUAGAAAUACACAGCCUCGAGGGCUUCGGUGUCGAUGCCUUCCUACAAAUCUCCAAGCUCGGUAACAAGGACGAACGGUUGACAACAAGGGCAAGCAUGGACGCCAUUUAG